AUGUUGCCGGCGCGGUAUCUGACAUCGAGGAACGACUUCCGGUCGGACACGUUCACGCUGCCGACGGCGGAGGUGUGGGCGGCGGGCGCGGGCGCGUCGCUGGGGGACACGGUCUACCAGGAGGACACGGACACGUGCGCGCUGGAGGCGCGGGUGGCGCAGGAGUUCGGGGGCGCGCGCGGCGGGGACGCGGCGGGGCUGAUGUGCGUGUCGACGACGAUGGCGAACCAGCUGGCGGUGCGUGCGCUGCUGGACCGGGCGCCACCGUACUCGGUGCUGUGCGACCGGCGCGCGCAUGUGUACGUGGACGAGUGCGCGGGGCUGGCGGUGCUGUCGCAGGCGCUGGUGAUUCCUGCGGAAGCCGCGAACGGGCGGCACCUGACGCUGGAGGACGUGCAGCGCGCGUACGUGCCGGACGACGGCGACACGCACGGCGCGCCGACGCGCGUCGUGGCGCUGGAGAACACGCUGCACGGGAUGUGCUUUCCGCUGGAGGAGAUGCGGCGCAUCUGCGACUGGGCGCACGCGCAGGGGAUGCUAGUGCACCUCGACGGCGCGCGGCUGUGGAACGCGGCCGCGGCGCAGCCGGGCGACGCGGCGGCGUACAUGCGGCGCGUGUGCGCGCUGUUCGACUCCGUGUCGCUGUGCCUGUCGAAGUCCGUGGGCGCGCCGGUGGGCUCCGUGCUGGUGGGCGGCCGCGACCUGAUCCGGCGCGCGCGCCACCUGCAGAAGCAGCAGGGCGGCGGCAUCCGCCAGGCCGGGUUUCUGGCGCGCAUGGCGGACUACUGCAUCACGAAAAACGUGCCUGGGCUGGGCGACGUCGCUGCGCGCGCGGCGGCGUUCUGGCGGGAUCUGCACGACGACCUGCGUGACCACCACGGUAUGCAGCUGCAUCUAGCGCACCCGGUGGAGACCAACUUUGUGUUCAUAGACCUGGAGCGCUCGGGCAUCGAGCCCUCGAGGCUGCUGGAGUUCGGCGCCAAGAACGACGUGCGGCUUUUCGACGGGCGGCUGGCGUUCCACUUCCAGAAUGUGGAGGACAGCUCGCUGGCGCAGCUCAAGCAAGUCUUUGUCGACCUGGCCGCCUAUUACCGAGAGCAUCCGUACGUGGCCCCCGCUGGCCCCCAACGCCGCUACUAG